CACAAACACUCAAAUUUAAUUUUGUGACCACAAUUUCCUUAGUUUCCUCCAUUAUUUUGCAUGCCCUACCCAAAAAUGUCCAAAAUAUUACCAUUUCUCAUCCUACUUCUACUUUCGCUUUCCCUUAAUGAAGCCCUCUACAACGAAAAGACCGUUUACAAUCAAAUUCCAGCCAAAAUCCUACAAAAUAUGAUCUCCCAAGCAUGCGCCAACGUAGAGGACGAAAUCAAUUGCCUUUCCAACGUCGAAUCUAGGCUACCAAACGGCCCUAGGAACGCUUCUUCGGUCCUUAAGGCCGCCUUAGAGACUUCUCUGAAUGAAGUUCAACUAGCCCUAAGAAAGGUUUCUGAUUUUAGCUCCCUUUCAUCCUCCACUGCUCGCGAACAGAUAGCAGUGGAGGAUUGUAAAGAGCUCCUUGACUAUUCAGUCACGGAGCUCGCUUGGUCUCUCUCCGAAAUGAGAGAGAUUCGAGUUCGUGGGUCUGUCCAUGACCGUGGAGGAGACCUCCAAGCAUGGCUUAGUGCCGCGGUUAGCAACCAAGAUACUUGUCUCGAAGGGUUCGAGGGUACGAACCAACAUGUUAGGAAUAAUAUUAAGGGUAGUUUAACACAAGUAACACAACUUAUUAGCAAUGUUUUAACUUUGUACACACAAUUACAUGCCUUACCCUUUAGACCCCCUAGGCAUAAUCAUUACCACAAUAAUAAUGAUACUAAUAAAAAUAACGAUCAAGAUUAUUUUCCUAAAUGGAUGACUGAGGGUGAUAAGGAACUUGUGGUUUCUUCUUCCACAAGUAAGGGAAUUCAUUUAGACGCGGUUGUUUCGUUGGAUGGUACCGGGAAGUAUCGGUCGAUUAACGAAGCAAUCGACGACGCUCCGAAUCAUAGUAACCGGAGGCAUGUUAUAUAUGUAAAGAAAGGUGUUUAUAAUGAAAACGUUGAUAUGAAAAAGAAGAAGACUAAUAUUAUGUUGAUGGGUGAUGGCAUUGGAGCUACGGUCAUCUCUAGUAAUAGAAAUUUCAUGCAAGGCUGGACUACCUUUCGCAGCGCUACUUUUGCUGUCUCUGGCAAGGGCUUCAUAGCAAAAGGCAUCACAUUCCGAAACACCGCGGGCCCCAAGAACCACCAAGCAGUGGCCCUUCGAGUAGAUUCCGACCAAUCAGCAUUUUACCAGUGUAGUAUGGAAGGAUACCAAGACACUCUCUACGCACAUUCCCUACGCCAAUUCUAUAGGAAUUGUAACAUCUAUGGUACCAUCGACUUCAUAUUUGGUAACGGGGCCGCGGUGAUCCAGAAUUGCAACAUCUACUCUCGUACCCCACUUCCACUCCAAAAGGUUACCAUCACGGCCCAAGGAAGAAAAAGCCCACACCAAAGCACGGGCUUCUCGAUCCAAAGUAGCCACAUUUACGCGAACCAGCCCGCCUACUUGGGCCGACCCUGGAAGCCCUUCUCUAGGGUGGUCUACAUGAACACCUACAUGAGUGCUACAAUUCAACCUAAGGGUUGGCUAGAGUGGUAUGGAAAUUAUGCUUUGAAUACUUUGUACUUUGGAGAGUAUAGGAAUUAUGGGCCUGGAGCAUUGUUAUCGGGCCGGGUAAAAUGGCCUGGGUUUCACAUUAUCCGAGAUGUUUCUGAAGCUACGUUCUUUACUGUUGAACAAUUCAUUGAUGGGAUGUCAUGGUUGCCAGCAACUGGUGUCAAAUUCUCAGCUGGUUUGACUAAUUAGAAUAUGUAGAUCAUGUUAAUGAUGUGAAAAAAUGAAUAGAACUAUAGUAGUUUUAUUCAUUUUUAUGAUCUCCGUGGUAAGAUUCCAUUACUCAAAACUUUUCUCAGCUUGACGUUUCUAUGAUCUCUAAUUAGUCAAAUGCUAAUCAUAUCACCAAUUAGAAAAGAAAAUAAAUUGGUAUUAUCCUUAAGAGAAAAUGAGACAUUGUGACAACUAUGAAACCUCCCUUCUAAAACUCUCUCUCUAAAACGAGAGCAUCUCUCACUAGGUGAGUUUAGUCAAGUUCAAAAUACUUGAGUUGUACUGUAGCAU